AUGGACGACGGCGGCGUGCUGCUCGAGAAGCUCGGCAGCGACGUCGAACGCUUAACCAAUGAUAAAACAUUGGAGGAGACGGAGGACAUGGCCGCCCUCGAGAACCUGAGCGAGGCGACGAUGCUCGAGUGUUUGAGGCGGAGGUACCGACGAGAUCGCAUUUAUAGUUCUCUCGGAGGGGUGGUCGUCGCGAUAAACCCGUUCCGGAAAAUUGAGCGGUUGUAUGACGAUGGGUAUGCGCGCUUCGGCGCCGGCGACGAUGCGAAUUUGUUGAAGCCGCACCCUUAUGCUCUAGCCGAAUCGGCGGUCCGAGGCGUCGUGAGAGAUAGGACCUCCCAAUCUUUGUUGGUGAUCGUCGAGGGACGCCGGGGCUUUGCAACGGUGCCACGAGCUGCUUGCCUAAUUCAGAGUGCUGUUUAUUUUUUCCCUGGGACUCGUCGUACUAGAAGUAGUCUCGUACCGGUAGCCAUCAGAGAGAGAGAGCCACUUAUUGAGCCAUCCGCUAGCGGUCUGUAAGACACUAGGGAUGCUGGCAAUUAUUAGCGCUCGUGACUCUCGGCUUUGUUGCCUCUGGCACGAGCCGUCAAUGUGAGGCGCAGUGCGUAGCUUCGCAGCCUUUUCGUGCAGGAUUACGACGUCGCGCUGCGUUUAUUAGCAUUCACAGUUUCGGCCCUCCAGCCAGCGCCGGCUGUACGUCGCACGCUACCGAGACGGCCAGCUACGCCGCGAUGGCGCACGACAUGUAUUAGACCUCGCACAAGAACCGCUUUGCCCCGACGAUUGGGCCGCUCGGGUUACUGCACAAGGAUUACGAGCGGGACGCGUCGCGGAGCGGGGCGGCCUACGAAUUAACCACGACCGUGUGGAAAUCAAGCAGUGAAUUCGGUUAUCUUGAGAAUUAUCGCGGAGAACUUCGUCAACCUGAACGCCAUCGAGCAGACGCAGGAAUGUAGGCAACCUCGCGUCGAUGGCGUGGAAUCUACACACCAUCGAACAUACAGUUAAGGGGACGACGUCGCAUCGAUGGCGUGGGGCGUCCAAAUUUUGAUUUCUACACAGGCCUACGCAGGACAUUUCCUUAGAACGGAGAACUACGGCGUGCGGCCUUCGACCAGGACAUCGAGUUAGGACAUUUCCUUAGAACGGAGAACUACGGCGUCGGCCUUCGACCAGGACAUCGAGCCGAGAACUACGAAUAA